UUGUAAUAAAAAGUAUGUCCUCUAAAAAUACAGCCAUUCGAUCCAGUAUUGGCAAACAGACAGAAGAGGCGUGAUAAAACGUUCCUACCUUCAGAGAGUUUAAACACGCCUACUCGCACGAGCGUGCAGAGUACUGAGAGGCUGCUGCAGCCAGAGCAAGGGACAGUAAACUAACCCACCAGAAUUGCCUUUGACUGUGGACCCCUCUUUACAUUAUGCUUGUUCACCAGAGAUUACGUGAGAGAUUCCUGAUAAAACGCAAAUCACUGAUAACAAAUCUGCCACUCAAACGUCGUGGGUAAACAAAUUGGAUGAAGCAGAUUCGCACAGUUUGAAGGUUGGAGACAACUACUUAACCUGUGACUGAGGUUGAAUACUCGAAUUAAUUUAAGGGCUGCUUUCUAAGUAAAACGGAUAAUCAUGCAGCUUGUGUUCUGGGCACUGGGAUUUGCAACAUUACUCCAAGACUUCUUGAAUGUAGCAACAGCGGCAACAGUGAACCCCCAUAUACAUGAACGACAAGCAAAACUGCUUGAGCAGCAGGGUGUUUUUGAGAUAGUGGUUCCCACAAGAGUGAAUGAAGUUGGUGAAGCAUUCCCCUCUAGCAUGCACUUCAAAAGGAAAAAGCGAAGCAUUGAUAAUUCCGGCAGUGGCGCUGACCUCUGGACCUCUUCACAAAUUCAAUACAGAAUUGUGGCUUUUGGGUUGGAUUUUCACCUGAACCUCACCGCAGAUUCUGGAUUUAUUGCGCCUCUUUACACUGUCACGCAACUUGGAGUACCCCUCAGCAAUAACCAAGCAGAUCUUCCCUCUGAAGAGGAGGACACCGAUUUUAAGCACUGUUUUUACACUGGGCACGUCAAUGCAAAACCAGAACACAUUGCCGUUAUUAGCCUAUGCUCAGGUUUGUUUGGCACUUUCAGGUCUCCAGAAGGGGAGUUUUUUGUAGAACCUCUCCAAAAUCACAAAGGCAAAGACUAUGAAGAAGAACACAACAAGCCUCAUGUUGUCUACAGAAAAGAUACACCCAACAAGAACUCAACCUGUGACGCUUCAGAACACAAACAUAGACACAGAAGAAAUAAAAGAACAUUGAAAAAAGGGCACCCAAGCAGUAUAUUUUCUGAUUUGGAAACUUUAAGAACUGGUAUUGCUGCAAAUCACCUUUCUACAACGUCCAAGCAACCAAAUGGGAAUGACACUAGUCAAUAUGGACCACACAGGAGAGCAAAGCGUUUUCUAUCAUACCCACGUUUUGUUGAAGUCAUGGUGGUUGCCGACAGCAAAAUGGUGGAGCAUCAUGGGAAUAACCUGCAACACUACAUCUUAACAUUAAUGUCUGUUGUGGCAUCUAUUUAUAAGGACCCCAGCAUUGGAAAUCUAAUUAAUAUUGUUAUUGUAAAGUUAGUUAUAAUAAAUACUGAACAGGAAGGUCCUGCGAUAUCAUUUAAUGCCCAGACCACAUUAAAGAACUUCUGCAUAUGGCAACAAACUCAGAAUCACCUUGAUGAGACUCAUCAUGCCCAUCAUGAUACAGCUGUAUUAAUUACAAGACAAGAUAUUUGCAGAGCCCGUGACAAAUGUGAUACAUUAGGUUUGGCUGAGUUGGGUACAGUCUGUGAUCCAUAUAGAAGUUGUUCCAUCAGUGAAGAUAAUGGACUAAGCACAGCUUUUACAGUAGCUCAUGAACUUGGUCAUGUGUUUAACAUGCCUCACGAUGAUAGCAACAAAUGCAAAGAAGAAGGGGUGAAAAACCAGCAACAUGUAAUGGCACCGAUGUUAAACUAUUACACCAAUCCAUGGAUGUGGUCAAAAUGCAGCAGAAAAUACAUUACUGAGUUUCUCGAUACAGGGUAUGGAGAAUGCUUGCUUGAUGAGCCUACAUCUAAACCAUACACUCUGCCUCAACAACUUCCGGGUCGCAUUUAUAGUGUUAAUAAACAAUGUGAAUUUAUUUUUGGACCCGGAACUCAGGUGUGCCCGUAUAUGACACAAUGCAGGCGACUUUGGUGCUCAAGCCCAGAAGGAGCUCAGAAGGGUUGCCGUACUCAACACAUGCCUUGGGCUGAUGGAACUGAAUGUGCAUCUGGGAAACAUUGCAAGCAUGGCCUGUGCAUUGCUAGGGAGCAUGAAGCUACAGCAGUUGAUGGAGCGUGGGGAGUCUGGAGUCCUUUUGGAACAUGUUCCAGGACCUGUGGGGGUGGCAUCAAAAUUGCAGUGAGAGAGUGCAACAGACCUGUACCGAAAAAUGGUGGAAAAUACUGCCUCGGUCGAAGGAUGAAGUUUCGAUCAUGCAACUCUGACCCUUGUUCCAAGUUAAAGAAAGACUUCCGAGAGGAGCAGUGUGAAGCCUUCGAUGGAAAGCAUUUUAACAUUAAUGGUCUACCUCCAAAUGUACGCUGGGUUCCCAAGUACAGCGGACUUUUAAUGAAAGACCGCUGCAAACUCUUUUGCAGAGUUGCUGGGAGCACAGCCUAUUAUCAGCUCAGGGACAGCGUUAUCGACGGUACUCCAUGUGGUCCUGAUACUAAUGAUAUCUGCGUACAGGGUCUUUGUCGGCAAGCUGGAUGCGACCAUGUGCUAAACUCAAAAGCACGAAGAGAUAAAUGUGGUGUAUGUGGUGGUGAUAAUUCUUCUUGUAAAACAGUGUCAGGCACAUUUAAUACAGUUAGUUACGGAUAUAACAUUGUUGUACGUAUUCCAAGUGGUGCUACAAAUGUUGAUGUGCGCCAGCACAGCUACUCAGGAAAACCGGAAGAUGACAACUACCUUGCUUUUUCCAACAGCCGUGGAGAAUUUCUUCUAAACGGAGAGUUUGUUGUUAGCAUGUUUAAAAGGGAAGUUAAAGUAGGAAACACCUUAAUAGAAUACAGCGGUUCCGACCACGAAAUAGAACGAAUCAACUGCACGGAUCGCAUUGACGAAGAAAUUACAGUUCAGGUUUUAUCAGUGGGAAAUUUAUACAACCCUGAUGUACGAUACUCGUUCAAUAUUCCCAUUGAGGACAAACCGCAGAAGUUCUUCUGGGAUCCAUAUGGUCCUUGGCAGGAGUGCAGCAAGCGUUGCCAAGGUGAACGCAAGAGAAGACCUCUUUGUAGCAGAGAGUCUGAUCGUGUGGUAGUUUCUGAUCAAAGAUGUUUAGGAUCUCUCCACCCUCCUCUGGUAACUGAGCCUUGUAACACAGAAUGUGAAAUCAGGUGGCACAUAGCAAGGAAAAAUGAGUGCACAGCUCAGUGUGGACCUGGUUAUAGGACUCGAGAAAUCUACUGUGCAAAGCACAGCCGGUCAGAAGAGAAAACAGAAAAGAUAGAUGACCGAUACUGUAGCAAUCAACGCAAGCCAGAUGAAACGGAAGCAUGCCAGGGGGAAUGUAACGUAGGAGGCUGGCGGUAUUCUUCUUGGACAGAAUGCUCCAAAAGCUGUGGUGGUGGUACCCAAAGAAGGGGUGCCGUGUGUGUUAGUUCUCUGGGGUCAGUCCUUGAUGACAGCAAGUGCAGUCAGCAGAAUAAGCUUGUUACCCAGAAGUGCAAUGAAUUUGUGUGCCCACAGUGGAAAACAGGUGACUGGUCAGAGUGUCUUGUGACCUGUGGGAAAGGGUACAAACAUCGGCAGACCUGGUGUCAGUUUGGAGAGGACAGGUUAGAUGACCGACUGUGCGACUCUUCAUCUAAACCAGUAUCCAUGCAAACCUGUCAACAACAGGAGUGCGCAGCGUGGCAGGUUGGACCAUGGGGGCAGUGCACAACCACAUGUGGCCCGGGCUACCAAAUGAGAGCAGUUAAAUGUGUUGUAGGAUCAUAUGGUUCUGUCAUGGAUGACACUGAAUGCAAUGCAGCUACAAGACCAACAGAUACUCAGGACUGUGAAAUGACUGUGUGUCCCGCUGCACAACCAGUUGUUCCAGAAUCAAAACUACCAUCACAUGGGGGCCACAGAACCCAGUGGAGAUACGGAUCCUGGACCCCAUGCACUGCCACGUGUGGGAAAGGCACCAGAAUGCGGUAUGUCAGCUGCAGGGACAAUCAGGGUGGAGUAGCUGAGGAGUCGGCUUGUUCCCAUCUUACUAAGCCCCCUGCCAGAGAGGUGUGCUCUGUUUCAUCUUGUGGACAGUGGAAGACGCUUGAAUGGACCUUGUGCUCUGUGAGCUGUGGUCAGGGGAAGACGACAAGGCAAGUGGUCUGUGUGAAUUUCAGCGAUCAGGUUGUUGACGUGAGCGAAUGCGACCCAGACGAUCGUCCAGCAUCCGAACAGGAAUGUGCCAUGUCUCAGUGUCCCCCUCACUCUGACCAGGGGAGAUUACCCACUCAUCGACCCCCGGGCCGUGCGUAUCCCCCAGGAGCCCACCAAUGGAGAAUAGGACCUUGGGGAGCAUGUUCCAGUACUUGUGCUGGAGGGUUCCAGCGGCGUGCUGUUGUGUGUCAAGAUGAAAAUGGCUAUGCAGCAAGUUACUGUGAUGACAGGACUAAGCCAGUGGAGCAGCGAUCGUGUGAAUCUGGUCCAUGCCCUCAGUGGGUCUAUGGUAACUGGGGAGAGUGUACGAAGUCAUGUGGUGGCGGAGUCAAGACCAGACUGGUUGUGUGUCAGCGGCCCAAUGGGGAGCGAUUUAAUGAUCUGAACUGUGAAAUUCUUGACAAACCUCCAGAUCGUGAGCAGUGCACUUCUCAGGCUUGUCCUCCAGAUGCAGUCUGGAACACCGGUCCUUGGAGUUCGUGUUCAGUUUCUUGUGGGAAAGGACACAAACACCGCACUGUUUCCUGCAUGACCAAAGAAGGCAAACGAGUGGUAGAUGACAGUUGUAAACAUCUUCCAAAACCAAACGUGCGAAGAAAAUGCAGAGGGGGAAGGUGUCCGAAAUGGAAAACGGGAAACUGGGGACAGUGCACAUUAACGUGUGGGAGAGGAACGCAGCAGCGAGAGGUAUCCUGUCAGAUUGGAAACCAAAAGACUUCAGGAGAGACUGAGUGUACCCAGUCGGCCAGACCCCCGUCCAUCCAGCCUUGUCAGGCAAUGGAGUGUCCUGUGGUUUACAGCUGGAAAGCAGAGGAAUGGCAAGAAUGCUCUAAAACAUGUAGCUCUGGAACCAAAUAUCGGAAGGUGGUUUGCCAUGAUGACAGCAAGAAAGAAGUGAACGAGAUUUACUGCAAUACUGACAAGAGACCUGCUGACUUAGAGAGCUGCAAUACCCACCCGUGUGACUUUAUCUGGAUUACAGGCGCAUGGUCAGAGUGUUCGGUCAGUUGUGGCCAAGGAUACCAGAGAAGACUUGCUUCUUGCAGUGAAGUUUACAGUGCUAAGGACCAAUAUGAAUAUGGGUAUCAGGCCACGUCCAAUUGCCCUGGUACUCCACCGACCAGCGUUCAGGCCUGUAACCCUGGGGAGUGCUCUGCACCUGAAUCCUGGAGAGUAGGAGACUGGGGACUUUGCUCAGCAACCUGCGGAGAAGGUGUGAUGCAGAGGACAGUCCAGUGUUUAACAGCCGAUGACCAAACCAGCAAUCGAUGUCAGUUAAGCACUCGACCAGAGGAAAGCAGAGUGUGUCAAAACCAUAACUGUGAAUUACCCAAGAGCUGCAGCGACAUACAAAGACUAAAAGGGUUUCUUGAAGAUGGUGAACACUUGCUGAAUAUUCAAGGAAAAGCUGUGAAGAUUUAUUGUGCUGGAAUGCAGACAGAAAGUCCAAGGGAGUAUAUAACGCUUGUGAUCGGUGAUGCUGAGAAUUUCUCUGAAGUAUUUGGCUUUAGACUCAACAAUCCCACUGAGUGCCCCUACAAUGGAAGCAGGCGGGAAGACUGUAACUGCAGAAGAGAUUACACUGCAGCCGGAUUCUCCUCCUUCAGCAAAGUAAGGAUGGACCUCCACAAAAUGCAAAUAAUAACCACAGACUGGCAGUUUGCACAUACCCGGGAAGGUCACCAUGUUCCUUUUGCAACAGCUGGAGACUGCUACAGCGCUGCCAGGUGUCCUCAGGGUCGUUUCAGUAUCAACCUGUCUGGCACAGGGCUUCAGGUGGCUGAAGAAACUAAAUGGAUUUCUCAAGGGAAUUACGCUGUGGCUGAUAUACAAAAAUCAGCGGAUAGCAGCAGAGUGACAGGGAAAUGUGGAGGAUACUGUGGGAAAUGCACUCCUUUUUCUGGAACAGGUUUCCGUGUUGUAGCAGAAGGAGCUUUUUAAGUUCUGAUCUUCGGGAGGUGCUAAGGCAAAAUGAAGAUAAAAAUAUAUAUUACCUCUGGUGCCUGCAAUGUGUACAUAUUACAGUAUAUAUAGAAUGUAAAUAUUGUAUAUAUAUAUAUAUAUAUAUUUGAAAUUUAUUUAUUUGAUUUACAUAUUUUUAUUAUAAGUGAUAAGGUUGUAUUAAGUAUAUAUUUUUUUUCUUUUUGUUUACAUUGCAGUGUAAUGAUUUUACCAGUAAUUGCGCUGUUGUUAUAUUUUAACUGACAUUUUUAAGUGAAAAAGGAUAUAGGAAUUGUACGUUCUUUUUUUUUCUUUAAGAGGUCAAAUUACGCAGCAUUUAAAAUAACGUUUAUUAACACAAGAAUGUAUUUGUUAGGCACACUCAGUACAAUAGCAUGUGUCCUUUGCAGUAAAACACAUGGGAUUGCAUUACCUCCUCCUGAUACUAAAUAAACUCACCAGGAUGUGUUGUGUCAUCAAGCAAGCAUUGACUUGUGUUUACAGGACAGAAGGCCAUCAGCGGCAGACACUAAAACCCAUUUGAACUACAGAUUACGAUUUUGUAUUUUUAUCCUGAAGUUUUCUCUACAUUUGUUUUGGCAAGACCUUUCUUCUAGUUUUACCUCAGAGAGUUGGUUGAGUGUGAAGGGCUCUAAAUACACUGGCCUUGUAUUCCUGUGAAGUAAAUGCAGCACUUUGAUUGGUCUAUGAUGAUGACAUAACUUAUAAACUACAACAAAGGACAGAAGAGCUCUGGUGAAAAACACGUACCUUGUGCUUCAUUGUGAAGCGCCCUGACAACCACACUGACCUCCAAGGCAUCGAAACUUAAAACAAAAGGAAUCGUAGACCAUUAAAAAAGAAAGAUGACCAUUAGACUGAAAGAGAUGAAAGAAACUCAUGAAGGUUAAAGUGCUUGGAGCCAGGACAGCUGAGAGAAGUGUGACACAAAAUGUCUUGGAAGAUGAAAAGUUGACACUACAGGGAGAUCAGAGCCAGUCGUCUGUCUGUGCAUGAAAAGAUUCAGAGGAACAUCCAAUGCUUUGGAUUUAAUUAAGAAGCAUUUCUCAUCAAUUACCCUUCGGCUGCAGGAGAUAUGUCAUGGGUAAUGGGCAAUGGUCUUGAUAAAGUAGAAGUAAGAAGAAAAAGUUACUCCUGCACUCUAAUACUUAAGAUUAGGAAACAAGCAAGCAUGUUGAUAAGAAAACAAGCGCGGAAUUAACAAGUGGGGUAAUCUGUAUUCCCCCUGACAGCUUUUGAUUGAGCCUGUAGGCGGCCUUGUCGACCGGGCAGCCUCUGCCAAGUUCUGUUUAAUCUUGUGAACAUUUCCAGUCAUUAUAUCAAUGCCUGUUUGCUUGCACGCUCAACGCAACCUUAAUCAGAUUUCAAGCAUCACUAAAUAAACAGCAAGUUCAGUUUUUUUCCCAAAUCUCAGCCUUGAUGACGAUGGACAGAGAAGGAGAUGCUCUUAUAUCUCGUACUGUCAGGCUGAGAGGACCACAACAAAAGAAGAUUGCAAAACUACACCCUGUACCAGAGAUUUACCAGAGUGUUUGUUUCUGGGACUGUCAAACCCAAUAUUAAAUCUGAAUUAUAGCAUAGCUAUUGUCAUGUCAUUUUAAUGGAACUAUGGAUUUACUGUGUACUUUUUAAAUCAGUGUACCGUGCAGCCUUUGCAAUAGGUAAAAACGUUUGAAAUAUAUUACAUUAGUUUGUUUUGGCAGUUUGUCAGAACAGAUCUUAUUUUUAAUAUGUGUCUAUAUCCUGAGCACCCACGUACAUUAUGACAAAUUGGUUUGUUCACCAUGCAAAGAAAAAAAAGGAAGGCAUGGCCAUUACUUUCACAUUUUCAGGACACUUUUGAAAAAUGGUGCUAUGAAAUAUUUUCAUGUUUGAUAUUUUUUCGUAUUGUUUCCUUUUUAAGGUUCAAUGGUAACUAUUGCACAUUCUUCUUUUAUUAUUAUUAGUAGUAGUACAUUUGUAUUCAUUAGUACGUUUUGUUUUUGUUAAAGAAAAAUCUAGUCCAUAUAUCUUUAUUAACCCAUGUCAUAAGUAUUGUAAUGUUAGCAUGGAUGGUAGAACUAUCAAAGCAGAGGAGGACUGACAUAGUUUUAUAACAAUGUAUUAAAUCAUACCUUUGUUGCAAAAGCGCUUGAGUGAUAAAUCUUAGAAGAUAGCUCUAACAUCAGUCAGAAUAUUACUGAAGCUGAAAAAUCUGCUUCACAAUGUGAAUGCUAAACUAUGUACCUGUAACAAUUAUUAUUAUUAUUAUUUAUUUCUUAGCAGACACCCUUAUCCAGGGCGACUUACAGUUGUUACAAGAUACCACAUCAUUUUUACAUACAGUUACAUGAUUUUUUACAUACAAUUACCCAUUUAUACAGUUGGGUUUUUACUGGAGCAAUCUAGGUAAAGUACCUUGCUCAAGGGUACAGCAGCAGUGUCCCCCACUAGGGAUUGAACCCACGACCCUCUGGUCAGGAGCCCAGAGCCCUAACCACUACUCCACACUGCUGCCCGCGAUGCUGUCAGCCUGGUGUUUUGAUAUUGAAAUGUAUCUGUUUUUUAAAGAAAAAGGGAAACCCUAGAAAUACACUGCUAGCGUUUAACCAAGUAAAAUGACUUGCGCAUUAUUUCAAGAAACUGUUUUUUGUAUUCGUAUUUCUAAUUACUGAAGGAAAGGUUAACAAUAUUAGCAACUUUUCAUCAAGCCUUUGCAGACUUUCAGCCAUGAUUUUUGUAAAAAGAGUUUUGAAAAUUGAUAACUUGUUGUAGAAUGUUCUACUGAUUUUAUGCUCAAAGUAGGAUUGAAAACCAACCUUUUUUUAACAGUGUAUUUACAUAUUGUGUCUAAUUUACCUCAGUUGUAUAUAUCACAUGGCAUCUAGUUUCAGUAAACCUGUUACAAACCUCAGGGUUACUUUAAUACAUGACUAUUCCAAUAAGUAGGGAAGCUGCCAGGAAUAUGAGAGCCAAAGAUGAGUCGACAGUCAGAGCAAGGACUGACCCACUUAAAGUAAAUAUAUUUGUGAAUUAUAAUUUAUGUAAUGUCUUCCAGUGUAUUUUGUUUUACUUUGCCUUCAGCACGGAUAUAACAUGACCUGUAUGUGGCAAUUAACUAGUUUAUUCAUUGGUAUUAUAAAAAGGGAAAUUGAAAAGCAGUGGCCGUCUGUGUUUGACAACCUUUUGUGCUUUUUAAGGGUAACAUUGCUUUUUUUUUUUAAGCAGUGUCUAAACUGUGGUGCCUUUGUUGCACUUAAUUAUUUUAUCCUAUCACUUCAAAAAUAAGGGAAUUGAUUUAAUUGUUUAGAUUUCUGCUAAAUUUAAAAGUGAAAAGUGUAACGGAUGCAUUUUACUGUAAGUCUUUUUUUUCUAUCUAAAUGUUGUAUAUAAAUGUUAUCAUGUGUAACUAUGUACAGAAAAGAGUUUUACCUCUAUACUGGGCACUGUGUUAUAGGAAUCCUAAUAUUUACAUAUACAGUAUUUUCAAUCUGUACUUGUAGAUCACCUAGUUAUUCACUCUAUUGAUUCAGUUUCACUGUGUUGUAAUAUAUCAGUGCCACCUGUGUUAUCAAAUUCACAUGAUUACCCAUAUCAGAGCCAUGGUUUAUAUAUUAAUGGAAAUACAUUGCGUUUACUCUUAAAAGGAAACACAUGCGGUUGCUUCAGAACCUAUAGGUUUGGAAGUGUAUUAAUUAUGUUUAUGAUUUCUGCAUUUAAGCACACAUUUUAAUACUAAAUUAAUUCUGAGGUGUGUUACAUUUUUAAGUUAUUGGUUUGUAAAAACAAGAUCCUUUUUUGCCAGAUCUCUGAUUGUUAAACUAUGCACUGAAAGCUGUUUUGAUGACUAUUCACUGCUUAUCAAAUAAAUUAUUUUGAUACA